GAAGUGCAGAAAAAAACUUACACAAUGACUGGAAAUGAAAAGUAUGUAUGUCCUUUGCUUAAAAAUCCAGAAAGUUAUAAUCCAGAUACUUUAAAUUUGGUUGACAAUUUACAAGCAAGGAACUAUUGGUUGCCCUGUUUAGAACAAAUGGUCAAAAAGUUUGUUAGUAAAGCUCAAUAUUUACACCCAGAUGAUCCGAAAGCUACAGAAAAAGCAGAAGUUUGUUACCAGGAUUUUCACAAUCUUCUUGAACAACUUACAUCAGAUCCCAAUAUUUUAAAGCCUCUUAGCGUCAGAACUUUAUUGGAGUUUAAUGAAAACAACCUACGAUCAAAAUAUUUUAAAGAUGCUUGGCAAGUCCAAAAAGAAAAUGAAAGUGCAAAUGCGUUAUCUCAAUUUAAAUCUAGAAUUAUAAAGAUAGACUCUAUUAAGGAUUUUCACAGCAAGUGGUUUGAGAUAAUACAAGGAGUUUUAGCUGGAAAUGUUUUUGAUUGGGGUGCAAAAAUAGUUAUAGACAUUUUGGAAAGUAAUAAAGGAAAUUUUGGAUUUGAUGAAGCAACAAAGACUAUUCAAAAGAGACCUUGGUUUUCAGAUAAAUUAGAUGAAUUUGUUGAUAAAUUAAAGAUCAAACCUUAUAAAACUUGCAUUAUUUUCGUGGACAAUUCAGGAUAUGACUUCGUCCUUGGAAUCCUUCCAUUGGCAAGAGAACUUCUUUCACAAGGAACAAAAGUUGUGCUAACAGCUAACAGCUACCCAGCAUUAAAUGACGUAACAUUUGAAGAACUGAAUAUAUAUUGUAAAAAAGCGGCGGACUACUGUAAAAUAUUUGAAAGAAGUUUACGUAAUGGAAGAUUACUUACUGUAGAGAAUGGACAGAAAGGACCUUGCUUAGAUUUAGCUGAUUUAUCGGCUGAACUUUGCGAAUGUAUGAAAUCAGCUGAUCUGGUUGUUAUUGAAGGAAUGGCUCGUGCUGUACAUACAAAUUUAUACACAAAGUUAACUGUAGACUGUCUUAAACUGGCUGUGCUUAAAAACGAGUGGUUGGCUCGAAAUUUAGGAGCUGAGAAGUUUUCGGUGAUUUGUGAUUUUGACUCUGCAACUUGAAUAGUAAGAGGGUACCUGAUUAAUAAAUAUUUUAUUUUG